CCCCAAGAGACACCUAGGCUCCUGGCAUUUUGCCAUGAAGGGGACCAUCAUGAGUGUGAGUACUGAGAUGUUCCAAGAGGCAUUCCUCCCAUCUUGGAACUAAAGUUGUUUCCCUAGGUCUACACAACUCCUCCAACAUCCAAAGCAGGUAGAGAGGCCCAGAUCUCACUACCACUCCUGCCCCAAACACAGUUUCAGCAGGCUCUGAACCAGACAGAACAGGUAACCAACCUACCACCACCUCAAGCCUCCUCCAACCCAGAACCUCCAAGGCCUGCUGAGCCUAGGUCAGGAGUCAUCCUGCCCAUCCGCCACCAGCCAAAUACACACUUCUACUGAAGCUCAAAGGCACACUGCAGAAAAGCUUCAUUAAUUUUUCACAAGAUUUAUCUAAUAGUGGCUGAGCAGAGCUGAGAAAGCCACAUCCAAGUGCCCGUGCCAACAGCUUGCAAAGAGUUAACCCAUUAGGCCACAUCCUGGUGAGCUCAUCCCUGCCUGCCGGAGUCUGCUCAGUGGCUGGGAUUUGCAGCACACUGACUCUGGAUGUGGCCAGGGUGGCUUCCUCGAGCUGGGAUGAAGGACUUGAGCAGAAACUCAUUGCCAGCUUCUUCCCCGCGUGAGUGCCGACCGAGUCCCAGGUCCCCCAUCUUCCCCCGGGACACUGUGCAGGGUGCCUGGUCUUGAACAGCCAUGACGAUGGAGGUGCUCCCCACGGCCCUGGAGGUAGACGAGAAGUCUCCAGAGUCCAAGGACCUGCUGCCCAGCCAGACAGCCAGCUCCCUGUGCAUCAGCUCCAGGAGUGAGUCUGUCUGGACCACCACCCCCAGGAGCAACUGGGAAAUCUACCGCAAACCCAUCAUCAUCAUGUCAGUGGGAGCUGCCAUUCUGCUCUUUGGUGUGGCCAUUACCUGUGUGGCCUACAUCUUGAAUGAGAAGAAUAAGGUUGUACCCGUCCUCAAGAUGAUAGGCCCUGCCUUCCUGUCCUUGGGACUCAUGAUGCUGGUGUGUGGGCUGGUGUGGGUGCCCAUCAUCAAAAAGAAGCAGAAGCAAAGGCAGAAGUCCAACUUCUUCCAAAGCCUCAAGUUCUUCCUCCUGAACCGCUGAUGGCAGCCUGACCAGAAGAUCUGCUGACCAGCAUCCAGCCUCCUAACCUUCUCUCUGGGUACCACAAAGCUGAUCCAAGCAAACCCUCCUCUUGGCCCUGAGGGCAGGACAGAGCUCAGGGUCUCACCCUCACACAACCUAACAGUGUUUCUGGCUGAGUCUCACCUGGUUUCUCCAUCGCUGUUGAUGCUCUCUCGGAUAUUCUCAAUAUUCUCAUCACUUAACCAUCAUCCAGCCUACUCUCUCUGACAAGGGCAGUGCAUGCUGGGAAAUUCUUUGGGUGUUGACUAUGCUCCUAAGAAGAACUUCAUGUUAUAAUUGUGUGUCUAAGCUGGAUUCCACAUCUGCAUCCUUCUGGAACCAAAACUGAUCAAGAAGGGAAGGAUGACUUCAGACCCACUGGGUUUGUCAGUCUUGGCUCCCUCCUUGGGUGAGACAUUGACUAGCAUUAUAAGAGAUAGGACAGUUCUCAUGUAUUACACAUUCCAAAAUCUGGACAGGGGUGGGGGAUGGGGAAAAAACACUGUCCAGGGCAGAUCAUUCCUCUGGGCAUUGUUCUAGAAGUUAGCUAGCCAAAGAAGUUCAUUCCCAAAUCCAUAGUAUUGACACCAGAGGCAAUAAGGCAGGCUAAGUGGUGUCACGGUUUCCCCUUGACCCUCCAAUGCCCUUCUCACAGACUGCCUUCAUCUUGGCAAUUAGUCAAGAACAAAUAAAUGCUCCUUGUUCUAACUCCUUCCCCCACAUCAACUCUGUCUCUACGCAUUGCUAGAACAGAAGGAUGGAAGGGCACAGAUGGUCAUCUUCUCUUCCUCUCAAUCAAGACCUAACCUGAGAUAGAAUGCCAUGUCCAAAUGUUCCAUGGGAUUCUAGAGACAGAUUCACCAAAGAUCCCAACCUCUGUCAUCCCUGCUCCUCCCCCACCAAACAAGCAAGUGUUUAUUGAAUUUCCUUCUCUGGGCCUAGGUUGGGAACAGCCAGACCCAGUCUCUGAUCUCAUCUUAUUUCCAAAAGUGAGAGAGAGAGGGUCAUAGGCAAGCCAAUUGGCAAUACCACGUACUGAGUUCCUGGGGUGGCUAUGGGAACACAUGGAUCUAACGUAAAUUUACAGGAAGUCAGAGAGAUUUCUGGAGACCAGGCUCAUCCCUCUUGAAGACAAAGGGAAAAUAUGUGUUAGAAAAGGACAAGGUAUGUAAGGAGGCAGCAACUGCCUUGCAUGUGAAAAAACUGGGGGAGAGAGACCCCAUGGACUUAGGAUUCUGCGCAGCUCCUGGAUGCUGUCGCAUCCUCUCAUCUACUUCCCUCCUGCUUCCCCAAGUGCCUUACAUCCAGCUUCUCCUUGGUACACUGCAAGCUCCUGGGGUCUAUAGAGACUGGGAGACACAUCUCCAGAGGGCCCACCAAGUAGAUAUAACCCAAGAGGUAAGUGCCCUCAAAACUUCUUACAGACACUAAGAAGCCUGUAGGUGCCCAUAACAGAUCCCCCAAGCUGUGCAAGUCCAAGCCAGAGAGCAGGGGAAAGCUCCAGAUAACAGGAUGAAUGACAAGAGAUGCAUUAGUUCCAGUUGACUCCCUUCAUCCCUCAAUCUUCAGGCAUUUGGGAUCACCAUGGCAACCUUCCUCCAACAGGUCUCCAGAUGUCUCAGUCAUUCACAGUACUUCCAUAGGCAGAGUCAGAAUCCAUCUUUGUUUCUGUUGCCUUGUAGGACAGUAUUUUUUUUUCAUGAGAUCACAUAACACACACACACAUACACACACACACACACACACACACACACACACACACACACACAAACACAAACACACACACACCAACUCCUUAAAGAGUCAGAGUUUGAGGAGCCUCUGGCCUUUCAAGGCUCACUUAAGAUGGUCCUGUCCUCCAUUAAGACUCAUACCAGUGAGCUCAAGUCCCCCAGUACACCCAUUCCCAGCAUGCAGGCAGGUCAGGACCAAACCUAGGGUUAUUGCUGCCACUAAUGUGAGUGCUAGUGCCUCAGUGAUGGGCUUGUAGAUCAUGUUCCUUUCUCCUGUCAUGGGAGGUCAGCCCUGGGAUGGAGCCUCUCCUUCCUUGGUGCUUUCAUGUAAGGGAGCACACAGGUGAGCUCACAGCCAGCUCACUUGGAGUCCAUACCCCACACACCUCAUUGUCUGGGUACAGUUGUGAGAGGAGGGUCUUUGCAAACAUCACUGUCAUGUAUGUCUCAAUGGAAGGGAGUUUGGGGAUAAUCAUGAUGCCAGGAAAUCGUCAAGUUCUAGACAUCUUCUGCAGCCAUAUCAGUACCUGCCUCCCACCUCCACCCCUCAAGCUAAAUCUUCAGUAGACAGAAACAAAGAAGAACCUUUGAGAAAAAAAAAAUCCCAAAUAUUGGUUACCUCCUCCUACUGGGCUCCCCACGUGAGUGAGGGCCAGGAAAUGGGCUGAAUCACCCCAAAAGCAGCGUAUCUUGGAGCUUUUUGCCAAAGACCAUUGCCUCGUGAAAGCCUGAGGUGGGGACAGUCUGUGAGUGAAGCCGGGCUGAAUGCCACAUUUCUGCAACAACGCCUCCUGGGCAGUGACUUUGACCAUCUCACUGGUCAGAAGACAGGACCAACAUCCACAGCACCAUCUCACCAGAACGUAUUACCUGCUCCUGUAGCUAUUCUGUUUUGGAGAAUUUAAUCUAAUCCGAAGCCUAAAGAAAUCAAUGUCAUGUUGAAUUGUAUUCUAUUUCACAGUGUCUGACGUGUUCAUCCUGUUUCACCAGGCAUUCGAAGACUGUACCCACAAAACCCUGUUCCUCUAAAAUGUUCCCCCAUUGCCACAUUUCCUCUCCCAAGAAGGAUGUCAGGGAGAAUAGAGACAGAGUGGGUUUCAUGCAUGGCUCCUCAGGUACCUCUCUGAGGUGAUGGUGGUGCAGAGGGAUCCCACAAGCCCAGUAUUGAGACCCAAAACUUGACCUGAUGACAUUACAUUCUAGAAUGAAUUUGUGGUCUAGAUGAGGCAGGCAGAUACCAGGUCCUGGACAGAUGCUCCGAACACAAAUCAAAGCAGAAAAUGAUCUACUGAGGCUUACUUUCAUCUCCCAUCCCAGAAGCCUAUCUGUGCUUAGCCUGUGUGAAGAUAGCUGUUCAUGCCCAAGACUUUCUCCUGAGACUCAGUGGCAGCCUCAGAGAAUCUGCUGGCCUAAGCAGGAGCUGUCACUCUGUAACCAGGUUCCUUAGGUCUCCAGCAAGGGACCACGUAUCUGAGGGACUAUGCUCAGUUUUCCUGCAACCUGCAGUUACGUAUAAAAGGGACCCCAGGCCACCUCACAGUCCAGGUCUUCUAGGUUAAGGGAAAGACAAGUUCACUAAAGGGUACCCCAGAAUGAGGCUAUCUCCCACUCUCCUGUGGGUUCCUCUGGAAAAGCCACCAAAAUGACUGCAAAAAAGAAGGGAAAUCCAUUAUCAAUGGUCCUUAUCUAUUAGUCACACAUACUAAGUUGGGAU